AUGGCGGGCGAGCCGAAAAGCUGGCUCCAGGACCUGGGUAUCGCCAUUGAGGUUUUCUGUCCUGUUUUCGCUCUUGUUGUCGUCAUACUGCGACUGUAUAUCAGGUUUGAUACAAAGAGCCUCGGAUGGGAUGAUGCUUUAAUCUGCGCUGCAUUAGCCCUCACUAUAGGCUUGGGUGUCGGUUCCAUUAUAUGUAUGAAGGAACUUUUUAUUGGUAUACACUAUUGGGAGAUUCCACCAUCCGCAGACCUUGGGAAUGGCAUGCUAUGGAUAUUUAUUGUCGGCGUAAUAUACAGUCCCAUCUUGGCUCUCACGAAGCAAUCAAUUCUCGUCUUCCUGCUCCGACUCUCCGGAAUCAGAAACAUUGUCCGGAACGUCGUCUGGUUCACUGCGAUUUUCAACAUUUCUCUAACGAUUGCGACCUUUCUUGCUAUCAUCUUUCAAUGCACUCCUGUCGAGGCAUUUUGGAACACGUCAGUCCCCGGCCAAUGCAUCGACAAAUUCGCUCUUGCUAUCACGUCCGGGACUUUGACCGUCCUUACCGAUAUCGUCAUUAUUGGUCUUCCCUUCUACAUCUUUCUCGGGCUGAAAAUGGGAAAGAAGAAGAAGAGUUGGUUGAUGGGCGUGUUUGCACUAGGUAUCAUUGUGACCGCCGUCAGUAUCGUCCGUCUUUAUUUUGUGGCACUAAGCUUUGUCAAUGUAACGCCAGACAAGAAUUUCUCUCUCGGAUUCUGCGUUUCGCAAAUAGAGUGCUGCUUGGCUAUCACCACAGCCUCCGCCCCUGCCCUGUGGCCUCUUGUCCGCAGGUGGUUGUCGCAUCACAAGUCCACGAGGAACGAGGUAUACUACAACCGUGAAUACAACACAAGCCAUUUGAGCCGGGUAAGAGCCUCAGAUUGUCCCUUUAUAGGUGAUAGCAGUGUCAAGCCUGAUGGCCGAAGGGCUCAUACCGACGAAGGGUUACUUAUCGGACCUUCUAUGCAAGAUCCGGACGAUGAGUGGACGAAGAGCAUAAGUUUAUUCCAUAUAGCCAACUCUGUUACAACGACCGAUGGAGAUUCCAGACAGAAGACAAUCGUGGACGAUGGAUAA